UUCAAAGCUAGAAUCACAACGCGUGGGUCAAAAUAGUAAUUUCAAAUGAAGUUGAAGCAAAAAAUAAUUGAUUUUCAAACCUGGGGCUAAUUCUAAUUUGCUCGUACUACAAAAUCCCCUCAGGAAGCCGUUAGGGACUCACAGUCCACGGCAAAGAUCCGCUCGGAAUAUCGCCGACUUCAACCGCCGCCCGGAGACGUUCAAAUCCUGCGGUUACUUUUCAAGUCACUUUCAUUUCGUUUGCAAUGAUCAAAUUCCGGCUUCUGAAAUGAGAAACUAAGACGGAGGUCAGAAUCCUUCGGGGUUCAAGAGAAUCGGACCGGUGCCUGAAAUGGCGGGAAGAGAAUGAUUCAGAAGUAAUGAGUCGGAGAACUAAGUAAUUUCACCAGUUUAGUGCUUGGAAUAUAAAAAUGCGAUGAAGCCUCAUGAUCGGACCAAAUGCCUGAGUUGCAGUCCAACAAUCCGGCCUGUCGCACCUGAAUCCGGAUGGCGCGCCCUCCACUUCCAAAUUCCAAUGACAUUGUUGUUUUCUUGUCUUGUCGUGUUCCUAAUCUCUCAAUCUUCUUUUUUGUCCAUUUUCCUUUUUUUAUUCUUCUUUUUCUUUUCUAUUACUUUUCUAUUCAUCUCUUUAUCAUUAGUUUUUUUGUAAAUCUAUCCUACGAUUGCUAUGAUUGAGCUGGAAUUCCUUGAAUUUCGUUUGAGUUCUUGCAUCGUGCAAAUAAGUGAGGUUUUAGCUUUUGGUUUACUUUUCUUUAUUAGACAGACACACUGAUGAGAUUUCCAUUAUAGUCGUUUUUUAUAGUGCUCAUGCUUUACCAAUUGUAUGAUCUGCUUUAAUGCUUCUGACCCAAUUAUUGAAAUUCCUUCCGUUUCCUGGUCCCACGAACGCAUGGUUGGAGAUUUGUCCCUUUAAUUUGUUGGCCUCUACUUUACUUUACGUUUCCUCUUUGAAUUAGAACAUGAGACUCUUUUUCUGUUUAGUUUUACCUGUCGUGCAAGCUAUUGAAUGAUGCCAUGGUGGUAUGUCCGGAUUAGAUGUAAUAUUCAUUUGCUUUACGGAGCAUUAGUGUGGCUUUUUUCCAGCAAUCUAGAACAUACAAAUCUAUAUGUUUCUGUUCUUCUAAAAUAUUGUUCUGGGUCUAUGCCUAGCUGCAUAGUGUUCUCUGCUGAAGUUUUUGGCAUAUUUGGGUUUAAUAAUAAGCCAAAAGAUCGUUAUGUUGUGGUGAACCUAGCUGGUGCACUAGGUCAAAAGUGGAGAAAGAGUUUCUCCAUUUAGAAGGGCACUAGUGGUUUCUGUAGAAGUAUGAGCCCCACAAAUCAUUUAUUUAAUUUGGCAUCAUCUUUCCAAUUUUCUGAUUGCAUGAUGAAUCGACUGAUGUUUACGUAGUUAGAAGUCGAUGUUUUCCAUAAAUGGAGAAUCUGGCAUGAUCACGAGUUAUUGAAGGAAAAAGGGGGAAAAGGAUUGAAGGCAUUUAGAUGCAAAAAUAGCUCUGUAGGCAGAAGAUUUUCAUUAAUCAAUUGUGAUGAAAAUGUGUUGGAGAUACAAGCUUGGGUUGCUUCUUAUUCUCAGUGUGGUGAUCAUGUGGGUUUCCUCUGCUGAAGUUACCCAGAGUAUUUUUGCAGAUUAUGAGCAACCAUUUGCAAUAUCAUAUGUUACAACAUCACUUUUGAUAGUUUAUCUUCCAAUAGCAUUGCUUAAAGACUGGUUACUAAGUUUUUUGUACCGCUACAAUUCUAAAAGUUGUGAUAAUCCCAGUGUGGUUGACGAAUCCUCCAUAGAAUUGCAGAAAAAUGAAGUGAAUCUUGCUUCUGAAUUAGAACAUCAAGGACAGUUAAGUUGUAAAAAUUGUACCAUAGACGUAUAUAGUAAGGACGAGGGAACACCAUUGGUGGCUGUACAUAUAGGUAAAGAAAACACAUUGAAAAAGGACCGCAUGUUCACUGCAAAAGAAGUUGCUGCUUUUGGCUUUUGCGUUGCUCCAAUCUGGUUUUUAACAGAGUACUUAACAAAUGCUGCACUUGCACGAACCAGUGUUGCGAGUACCACAUUGCUAUCCUCCACUUCAGGGCUGUUCACUCUUUUGAUUGGUGCAUUGCUGGGUGAAGACACAAUAAAUAUAAUAAAAGUUGUCUCUGUUGUUGUUAGCAUGGCUGGUGUUGCGAUGACAACAUUUGGGAAGACUUCAGCUGCAGAUGAAUUGCAGAAGAAUGCGCAUGGAAAUGAGAAUCAUGCACUUCUGGGGAAUGUCUUUUCAGUCCUCUCAUCGGUGACUUAUGGCCUUUUCACUGUGCUUCUCAAAAAGUUUGCUGGAGGAGGACAAAAUUUAGAUAUGCAAAAGCUAUUUGGCUGUAUUGGACUUUUCACCUUUGUUGCCCUUUGGUGGCUUGUGUGGCCUCUGACUGCCAUGGGCGUUGAACCCAGAUUCACGUUCCCCCAAUCUGCUAAUGUUGAAGGAGUUAUACUUGGCAAUGCCUUUGUUGGAAGUUUUUUGUCCGAUUAUUUCUGGGCUUUGGCUGUUGUUUGGACUUCCCCUCUGGUAGCUGCUCUUGGUGUUUCCCUUACUAUACCUGUUGCAAUGUUGGAGGAUAUGGUCAUCCAUGGCCGGCAAUAUUCUGUAGUUUAUAUCAUUGGGUCAGCUCAGGUAUUCUUGGGGUUUGUCAUAGCAAAUCUUUCAGAUUGGUUCUCUCAAAACUUGGCAUCCAAGGUGUCAAGAACAACUUCCCAACUGCAAUCACUUUUUUUCGGACCUCUGUGAUGUCUUGUUUUGAUGCAGUUUCUUUGGACUGUUACCAUGAGACAAAAUGCUUUUUGGCAACUUAUAGUCAAGCUUAGAAAGCCAUCUGACAAGACCUUAAUCAAUACAAAUGGAUUCUUCUGUCCUUUAAGUCUUCAGCAGGCAUCCACUCAUUCAAGUAUUUGAUAUAAUUAAAUUUAUCAAAAUCUAUUAGUUUAAAUUUUAUAGUUUGAAUUGAUUGGUGAUUUAACAUAGUAUCAAAGCAAGAGAUCACAUUCUCAAAUUUUUGCAAUGUCAAUUCAUCCCCUUUUAACAAUGGUGGUAUUGAAGUAGGGAAAGUACUCAAGUAUUGAUAUAAGUAAAUUUACCAUAAAUGACCACUUGAACUUUUUAGCUUGAUUGGUGAUUAACAGAGAGAUU